CAAACCAUUUUGCCUAUCCUAUAAGUAAGUACUUCCCUAUCACCGUAUCACCUCAUCCGAACAAAUCGUAAUUGUUUACUCCGUUCGGCUUCCAACCGCACACCGCUAAAGUCUCCUGCUUUUCUCUCUGUUAUCGACUUCAGUCUGCAUCAGUCUCUCUUUCAAAAUUUAAGAUCAGAUCUCUAGCGAAAAUGGCCAAGGAACCGAUCCGCGUCUUAGUAACUGGUGCUGCAGGACAAAUUGGGUAUGCUCUGGUCCCCAUGGUUGCUAGGGGUGUAAUGUUGGGUCCUGACCAGCCUGUAAUUCUCCACAUGCUUGAUAUUGAACCUGCUGCAGAGGCAUUGAAUGGAGUGAAAAUGGAAUUAGUGGAUGCUGCUUUCCCUCUUCUUAAAGGUGUUGUUGCUACUACCAAUGUUGUUGAGGCAUGUACUGGUGUCAAUGUUGCUGUCAUGGUUGGAGGUUUCCCAAGGAAAGAAGGAAUGGAGAGAAAAGAUGUGAUGUCAAAGAAUGUUUCUAUUUACAAGUCCCAGGCUUCUGCUCUUGAAAAGCAUGCUGCUGCUGACUGCAAAGUGUUGGUUGUUGCUAAUCCUGCAAACACAAACGCAUUGAUUCUGAAGGAGUUUGCACCAUCUAUACCUAAGGAAAACAUUACUUGUCUGACAAGAUUGGACCAUAACAGAGCCCUUGGACAAAUCUCAGAGAGAUUGGGCGUUCAUGUAAGUGAGGUAAAAAAUGUAGUCAUUUGGGGAAACCACUCAUCUACACAGUAUCCUGAUGUUAAUCAUGCUGUUGUCAAAACGCUAAAUGGAGAAAACCCUGUCCGUAAGCUUGUUGGAAAUGAUGAAUGGUUAAAUGGUGAGUUCAUAACUACUGUUCAGCAGCGUGGUGCUGCCAUCAUCAAGGCUAGAAAACUUUCCAGUGCUCUCUCUGCUGCUAGUGCAGCUUGUGACCACAUACGUGAUUGGGUGCUUGGAACUCCAGAGGGAACUUGGGUGUCAAUGGGUGUAUACUCAGAUGGCUCUUAUGAUGUCCCAUCUGGACUAAUCUAUUCCUUCCCAGUUACUUGCAAGAAUGGAAAAUGGUGCAUUGUCAAAGGUCUUCCCAUCGAUGAGUUCUCAAGAAAGAAGAUGGACUUGAGUGCUGCAGAGCUUGCUGAGGAAAAAGCUUUGGCUUACUCGUGUCUCUCUUAAAUUCCCUAUUGCAUUUGCUUCCAUCUUAUAAUCAGACAUUGCAGUGGGUGUACUUCAGUUCAGAAUAAAAAGUGUUGGCAUGUUUCCCCCAUCCUAUAAAAGAUGGGAGGUUUUGGAACCUCAUUAUGCUUGUUAUAAUAAAAGCAACUGUUGUGUUGUUUCGCUCGAGUCGGUGAGUGGUUUAUAUCUAUAUUAAAAAAAAACGGACCUGAUCAGCUGGAUCAACCGUGUCCCAAAAUCAAGUGUC